CGGGGACAGGGGCUCUCCGACGGCGGCACAGCACCUCGCCGCUCAGCCCGCACGCAUUCAGCCGGACGGACUCGCCUCCGCCUGAAGCGCCGCAGAGAUGCGAGGGGCGAAGAAGCGCCAGGCGCUGCCCGCCAUCGUGCUCCUGCUGCUGGCCUCGGCCCCGCCGCCCCCGGGCGCCGAGGGCAGGACCGUGCCCGCCGCCGGAGCUGAGCGGGGGGCGCUCCUCGACAUCCUCCUCCAAGCCCUGGGCGACGACGGCCGCCCGCUGCCGCCCCGCCCGCCGCGGAGGGACCGGGUGAUCUCCCGGCGCUACAGCGGCGGCGGCGCCCCGCAGACAGACCCCCGCGCCGCCGCCGCCGCCCCCCGGCCACCCCCCGCCAACGCCGCCGCCCCGCCGCCCCCGCGGCUCUUCGCCGCCGCCCGGCACGGAGAAAUUUUUCCAAGAGAUUCCAGUCUAAAAGACAAGUUCAUAAAACACUUUACAGGGCCAGUCACAUUUUCAUCAGAGUGUAGCAAGCACUUUCAUCGACUGUAUCACAACACAAGGGACUGCUCAACGCCAACCUAUUACAAAAGGUGUGCAAGGUUGCUAACAAGAUUAGCAAUGAGCCCUUUGUGUACACAGUCCUAGGAUGUUUGCUAUACUUUCUACCAAGGAGAGAAUUCUGAUUUGCCAAGAAAGUGCCUUGAAAUCUUCAAAAAUGGAGAAGACGUCUCUUACCUUUUUGAUUUACAACAUUUUGUUACUAGAUGCAUUUUAUUUUCAUAUAUUUGUUGGACAUUCCAUAUUUGUGUGAAACAUUAUUUUAUUUUGUAAAUUUGUUGCCUGUAGUUCAGACAAACCAAUUAUUUAAAUACAUUGUAUAUAAAGAAUACUAAUGAUAUACUGAUUAAAUGUUAUAACCAUAUGCAGGGAGCUGGUAAAAUUUUGCUGUUUCUCUUGUUCCAUUGUAUUUACAUUGUUCUGCUCAGGCUCUUACUCUCAUUAUUUGCACUAACUUGAAAUGCAGAAGUCUAUGUAACUGAAAUCUGAAUAAGCUGUAAGUGGGGAAGUUUUACUUGCCAUGGAAGAUAUUUUAUAUUAUGAAGCUUUGUUAAUAUAUACAUAUAUAUUAUUGCACAUCGGAAAAAAUUUGCUCAGAAAUGCACCUUGCUUUCAGGAACAUUUGUAUGACUAUUCUGGAUUUUCAUCGGUUACAUUUGUACUGGCACUUAUGGAAAGAGUUGCAAAUAAUGUAAAUAUAAAGACUGGAAAACUGCAAUGCAGUUUUGGUGGAAUAAAGAAC